AUGAGCUCGAGCUCGACGUCGUCAAGAUCAUCGCAGCCGCCUUCUGGCCGGAAGAGGCAAGUAAAAUACACCGAACAGGAGCUCCGGACUACACUCGACCUUCUGAAUAGCAUUCCGCGCCCACUGUCUCCGACAUUACCCCCCUCUCCCCCGGCAUCCCCGGCCCCUCCCUCCCAGCGCCGCCGCUUGUCUCCGGACACGGACCAGACGACAACCCCGCCCGCAUCUACCCCGUCGCCCGCACCUAUCCGACGACCGGCUCUUACCUCGGCCGAGCUUUCUCGGAUGAUCCCGAUCUACAAGGAGCGCGCAAAGCUCUUCAAGCGCUCCGGGGACAGCCGCAAGCGUACCGAACUCCGAUCCAGGCGUCUAGGCCUCUUGGAACUCACAGACUCCGUGCUCCACUUUGCCUACGUAUUCUGGGCCGAGGACCGCGAAAAGUCCAAAGGCAAGAGCAUUAUGAUGUGUGAUGUUGGCACUUGGCGUACCCUCGAAGGUCUCGUUGUUGCCUGCAAGGGCGGCUGGGCCAAGGACGGUGACCCCGCAGCACGCGGGCUGAUUGGGAUGUUGAAUCUCCUCGAAGGAUUGGUGUUGAGCAGAAUUGCUCAUUCAAAUAUCUUCUCUAUUCGAGAGACGACCAAGGGAUUGAUUAUCCCCCCAUCCAAUUCAGCCAGCACCACCACUCUUAAUCCCAACCCAAACACCGGCGCAACGCCCAACCCCAAUGCAGCCGGCACUCCGAAGAAUCACCCUACACCCCCUUCACACGUGCCAUCUCCAGCCCCUACUACCUCCCGGAGUCCGGUCCCACCACCGGCCCAACAAGCACACCACCCGCUCCCCCCAUUCUUCCUCCAAAACAUUCUCAAGCACAGCUCUGGCUUUUUGCAGUCCUCAUCAAACAUUGCCCAUGCGUACUCGCUGCUUAACCCCGCGUUUAUGCACACACAUUACCCGCGCACGCAUCAAAUAUGCUCUACAACGUCCUUGGGCGCCCGUUCUGAUGGCGGUCACGAGGCGGCAUUCGCACGUUUAAGCGAUGAUGGCUUAGAGGUAGAUCUGGAUGCUUGCGCACGUGGAGAGGGACUGUGGGCGUGGCCAAUUACGUGUGGUGCGGGGAUGGCGCAUCUCAUUGGGUUCGGGCGCAGUAUGUUGUGGGAGUUUGCGGAUACCCGGGGCGGAUAUCGCACACACCAUGGAGUGAAUGAAGAAUAUUAG